AUGUGCGAAAUUGUGUGCGCAAUGAAUUACAUCAAGCAACAAAAACAGAAAAUGCUAAAACCAAACGCACCACCUAAUGCACAAAAAGAUUUGCACGAUAAUAAGGUCUGGGAAGAAACAAAAUACCCAGGUUAUUAUGCCACGGUCGGUUCCGGCGGCAAGGAACCUGCCGGAACUUGCUGGAAUCGAGAAGAGCUGUACCGGAACCGAUUCAGAUUUCAACGGAUCGAGUCGUCGGAAUGA